CCAUUGGACCAUUCUGCUCCCUAAGCCCCGCCCAGGCUACCGGAACAGGAAGAAUCUGCUUCUGCUGACGUUGAAGCUGUCUGAAGUGACGAUGGCGUCCACAGAUCAGUCUCUCCUGGAUCUAACAGACAAGGAAACCCGAGAGAAACUCUCUUUAUGGGACCGUCGCACGGACGCAACCGCCCCCCUCACGGAGAAACAAAUGGACUCUGUUCUGGAGAUCCGAACCGCCGCGGAAACUCUUCCUGUUCCCUCAGAGCUGCCCAUCGAGGACCUGUGCAGCCUGUCGUCUCGAUCUUUACAGUCCCCGUUCACAGCCACCAUCCCCGCGUCAACCGAGGACGUUCUCCUGAAAGGAUUUCAGAUGCUCCAAAUGGAGAAUGACAGGAUAGAAACAGCUCAGCAGUUUUUUUCCUGGUUUGCCAAGUUGCAGGCCAACAUGGACCAGGAUGAAAGCUCAAAAUACAGGAAAACCAGAGAUGAACUAAACUGCUACCAGGAACACUGUGAUGCUAUUUUGAAGGAUGUCAACGAAGCUCUUGACUACUUGGACUCCCUUCAGAAACAGUACUUGUUUGUGUCUAAUAAGACCGGUGCCUUACAUGAAGCCUGUGAGCAGCUCCUGAAAGAACAGUCGGAGCUUGUUGAGCUGGCAGAGAAUAUUCAGCAGAAACUGUCAUAUUUUAAUGAGCUAGAAAACAUAAACACGAAACUGAAUUCACCAACUUUAUCUGUAAAUAGUGAAGGUUUUAUACCAAUGUUGUCCAAAUUAGACGACUGCAUUGAAUAUGUUUCCUCUCAUCCCAGUUUUAAGGAUUAUCCAGUUUAUUUGGCCAAGUUUAAACAAUGUUUGUCUAAAGCUAUGCACUUAAUGAAGGUCUACAUUGUAAACACUAUGCAGUCUCUCACCAGCCAGUUAACAAAAAGGGAUCCAAUGGGCUUAACUAAUGCUGACAAUGCCUUUACGCUUUACUAUGUUAAGUUUAGAGCAGCUGCACCUAAAGUUAGAUCACUCAUUGAACAGGUAGAGCAGCGAUCAGAGAGAAUUCCUGAAUACGGUCAGCUUCUAGAUGAAAUCCAUCAGUGCUAUCUGGACCAGAGGGAGCAGCUCCUGAGUCCCUGCAUCACAUCCACCAUUACGGACUUGACCAACCAAAACAGCAAAGACCACUGUGCGCUGGUUCGCAGUGGUUGUGCCUUUAUGGUUCAUGUGUGCCAGGAUGAACACCAGCUGUACAACGACUUUUUCUCUAAACCAACAUCCAGGCUCGAUGAGCUGUUAGAGAAGCUGUGUCUCUCUCUGUACGAUGUCCUCCGACCGCUCAUCAUUCACAUCAUCCACUUGGAAACUCUGUCUGAGCUCUGCAGCAUCCUUAAGAACGAGAUGCUUGAAGAUCAUGUUCGUAACAAUGCCUCUCAGCUGGGCGCCUUUGAUGCUGUGGUGAAACAGAUGCUGGAGGAUGUUCAGGAGAGGCUGGUCUACCGGACUCACAUCUACAUUCAGACCGACAUCGUAGGUUACAAUCCAGCUCCAGGUGAUCUCGCCUAUCCCGAGAAACUGGAAAUGAUGGAGAAAAUCGCUCAGAGUUUGAAGGAGGAGCAGAUGAAGCAGAUGUCACAGGAGUCCUCGUUUUCUGACGUGCAGCUUGAAGAUGGCGGCGUGAGACGAAACAACAGUGCUGCCAGUUUAGAAGUAUCUCGCCUUCAAACGUCCGUUUCUCCCGCGGAUCUGCACGGCAUGUGGUAUCCCACUGUCAGGAGAACGUUGGUCUGCUUGUCCAAACUCUACAGAUGUAUAGAUAGAGCGGUAUUUCAGGGGUUGUCUCAAGAAGCUCUAUCUGCCUGCAUUCAGUCUCUGCUUAAAGCCUCUGAAAUCAUCAUCAAAAGCAAGACACAGGUAGAUGGGCAACUUUUCCUGAUCAAGCACCUGCUGAUAAUGCGUGAACAGAUUGCCCCAUUUCACACCGAUUUUGCCAUCAAGGAAAUCUCACUGGACCUGAAAAAAACACGAGAUGCUGCCUUCAAAAUCCUGAACCCCAAGGCUGUUCCCAAAUUCUUUCGCCUUAACAGUCACAACGCCAUACUUGAAUUCCUGUUGGAGGGAACACCGGAGAUAAAAGAGCACUACAUUGAUUCAAAGAAGGAUGUGGACCGGCACCUGAAGUUCAGCUGUGAACAGUUUAUCCAGCAGCAGACUCAGAUCUUUGUGGGGAACCUUGAAGAGUUUCUCACCAAGGUCGCAGCUCUUAAGAAGAUGGCAACCGAAGGCGGACCCACUUACAAUCUCUCCCAGCAACCCUGGGCGCAGCCUGCAAAGAUCAACGACACAGUGAUGGCCACCUACCGGGUGAUGAAGAGCAAGCUGCCAAGCACUUUACAGAGCAUGUCCUUGUACUUGGCCAAUAGAGACACAGAGUUCAUCCUUUUCAAGCCUGUCAGGAAUAACAUCCAGCAGGUGUUUCAAAGGCUGCACGCUUUGCUUCAGGAGGAAUACAGCGGAGAAGACCUUCAAAUCAUUGCUUGUCCAUCUAUGGAGCAGAUUAACCUGCUGCUUUCUGUCAAUAAGUAAUGUUUGGUGAAGAGAUGCUGCUGAACACCCGCGGGAUUGCCGCAUGAAGCUGCAGCUCCAGCCGUGACCUGAAACUGAGGUCGAGUAGAUGAGAUGACCAGAAAAAACGCUGAACUGACAGACAGCAAAAGCCAAAAAAUAAGAUGGAAUCACAGUUAGAACUCACUUAAAGUUGGACUUUUGGGGUACUGAACCAAUCAUUUUGUUUAUUAAAAUUAAAACCGGUGUCCAAGGUUGGAAGUGGUUUAAAGUGGGAGAAACUCUUUCAUGUGUCUCAACACCAGAAUGUUUGGAAUAAGACGUUGCACUCCUCGUGAAGGUGGAAUGGAGAAGCUAUGAAGCGAACGGUCGACACUGCAGCUGACCUUCUCAUUACCUAAUUCGGAAGAACGGGAUGGAAAAAUAUUUUAGCGCUUUCUUUUAACAGUCUAUGUAACACACUAAAUUUAUGCUGAUGUUGCAGCCGACUGUCUGAAAUCUUCCCAUUCUGAAUGUUUUGUUAUGCAAAAAAUAAGAUACAUUUUAUACUUAGUUUUUUUUUGUUUUUUUACUAUGAUUGAUUAAAAAAGUAAUGGACCGGCUCUGUACAGAAUCCUACAAGUGUAUAGUUCUCAAAGAGUAACAAAAGAAGCAGGACAUUAUCAAUAUAACCUAUGAUUUUGGUGUUGUAAAGGUAUUUUAUUUAUGGAUGUUCUAAUUAAAGAGGUUAAUAAUGUU